AUGAGUUUCCUGCUCAACCUCGUGACCGUCCAGAACGCCGAGCUGCUCGGGACGCCGCUGCCCAGGAGAGCAGCGGGCACCCCGGGCGCCGCGAAGGCGGGGCCCGACCUGCAGCCGCUGAUGCGCGGCCUCUUCGGCCACUGCGCGGCCCUGGCAUCCCUGGUCGGGGAGCUUUUUCGCAGCGACCUCGGCGUGCCGCACGACGUGACCAAUGCCGUACUCAACACCUCGCGCGCCUUGCUGCAGCCCCACCUGAACACGACGUUGAGUGCGCAGCGGCGGAGCUGCGCCUUCAUCCUGCUGGAGGGGCUGAUGUGCCUCGGCACGGACUGGGUCGGGCAGCGCCUAACCACGCUGUUCGCGCUGUGGAAGGCGGCACUCGGCAAGAAGCCCGUGGACCGCGCGAAGGUGCUGCACCAACAGCACGUUGCGUCGGCCUCUCAGGACGGCGGCCCUGGGCAGGAGAGCUCCAGUGGCGCCUGCCGCGACGAGCUGCUGUCGCUGCUGUGUGCGCUGCGCUCGCUCCACGCGUUCACGCUGCACUCGCACGACACCCUGCUGGUCUCGCUGCCGCACCUGCACAAGAUCCUGGUGGUGUUCCUCACGCACGUCUCGCAGCUGGUGGUGGCGCUGCCGCACCCGACGUCUGCGAGCUUCCGGGCGAAGUGCAGGAACGACAGCGCCACUCCAGGCCACGCCCGCCCGACCAUCACCCUCGCGGUGCACUGCGGGAUCCCCGACGUCCUCCUGAUGAUCCGCUCCACCAUGUACAGAUGUUUCGCGGUGACGCAGUACUCUCAGAGGUUCGUCCCUCUACUGAACAUGCUGGCCGACGACGUCACGCGCCCGCUGCCUCUGGACUUCCCAGUCGCGGACUUCGUCGCGCACUACCUGAAUUCGGACGAUGUCGUGCUGGACCUCGUGGACCCCUACAUGGACUCCAGCAGGGACAGCGCAGCCACGGUGCGGCUGGCGACGGCCCGCCUCCUGUCAACGUCGCUGGAGGGCUCCCGCACAGAGCCCGGGAGCAGCUCGCACGACCCGUUCUGCGAUGCCGCCUCCUCUGGCUUCUUCAGCGGUGCCCCUCGCGAGGGUCCUGGCAGCAUUGAUGGGAUGUUGACGCCAUGGGACGCGUGGGCGGAUCCGAAGAAGACGAUGGCCUCGCAGGGCUCCUCGCCCGAGUGGGAGUGGCGCUGCAGCGCCGUGGCGCUGCUCGCCAUAAUCAUGAACUCGAGCGAAGUGAGCGAGGCCCCGAGGUCUGCUGUACUGACGCACCUGCUCAAGAAGCGCGAGUCGGCAGAGGACAGCUCUGGUGGCCACGGCAAGAAGGGGAGCGCGCCCCAGUGCGAGGUCAGCGUCGUCGCGUCCGUCGCGAUACUCGUGUAUCUGCGCGAGCACGCGCGGGCGCGGGGCAUCAAGUGUGGGCUGCCAGCCGCCCCCGCGGAGCAAAUCCUGCAGGUCUCGCUCGAGGGCUUGAGGGACGCGAAUCCAGCCAUCCGGCGCCUCCACGUAGAGAUCCUCUCGUUGCUCUUCUACAUCCACCACCGCUUGCCAGAGUCGCCCAUCGUUCCCAGCAUCCUGCAGUUCCUCGGCCAAGAGAGCUCCUCCGACUCCGCCCCAGUGCGCUCGGCGCUGGCGCUCCUCUGCGGCUCCGUGCUGCGGGCCUUCGAGUGGGGCGGCGCGCUGCAGUCCCCCCCUGGGGCACCGAGACCGCAGGGGAUACAGUGCCCGUACCUGAUCAACAUCGUCCCGUGCUUGCUGAAGUUGGCGAAGGAGACGGCGCAGCCGGUGCGGCUGUGGAUGCUGCACGGCUUGCACCUCUCCAUGCAGGCCGCAAAGCUCGGGUUCUCGCCCUUCCUGAAGGAGUGCCUGCGCCUCGCCACGGCGCACCUGCUGGCAGACUUCUUCGAGUCCCCCCUGGUGCUGUGGACGAUCGGCGAGCUGCUGCACUCGGCGGCGGCGAUGCCGCCCGCGGAGGCGGACACGGGCGGCGCGAAUCUCAGGGAGGAGCGCGUGGGCCGCGCGCGGGGCGGCUGCUCGGCGGACCCCCGGCAGACGGGCGGCAACCGCGCGGGCGCGCAUUUUAGCGGCUCGUGA